CGGAAUCGUGUGCGGGCUGUACUGGGCCGUGUGACUCGUCAUCGAUUUUGUGCAGAAACUUUAGAAUAUUUAUUAUAUGGGCAAAAUAACAAUAAAUAAAGAGCUACUCAUCGCUAGUGCAAACCAACGCAGUGCUAUCUAUUAAAAAAUUAAAAUAAAAAAGCCACACAAAUGUGAACAAUACAUGAAAUUCGCCACUUAUAAAUGAAAUAAUAAAUAUAUAAAGAGUGCUUUGGAGUGUUAAAAAUGUCAAGUGCUUAACAAAUUUUGAGCCAAUUGCUUUGGCCCAUAAAUCGAAGUUAACAGCAACCUAAGACAACAUCUGCCCGAGUGGAUCUCAAGCCUGCACCAAGAUGUCGUCCGUUAAGGUGGCAGUGCGAGUGCGCCCUUUUAACUCGCGCGAGAUUGGGCGCGAGUCGAAAUGCAUCAUUGAAAUGAGUGGAGCUACAACCGCCAUAACCAACCCGAAGGUGCCACCCAACACCAGCGAGUCCAUAAAGCGUUUCAAUUUUGAUUACUCCUACUGGUCCCAUGAUCCUCACGAUGCUGAUUUCUCCACCCAAGCGAUGGUAUACAAGGACAUUGGCGAAGAGAUGCUGCAGCAUUCGUUCGAUGGGUAUAACGUUUGCAUAUUUGCGUACGGACAAACUGGCGCUGGCAAGUCCUACACCAUGAUGGGCAAGCAGGAGGACCACGAUCAGCAGGGCAUUAUCCCUAUGAUAUGCAAGGAUCUCUUCGGGCGCAUACAUCAAACGGAAACGGAUGACCUUAAGUAUUCGGUCGAGGUUUCCUACAUGGAAAUCUAUUGCGAGCGAGUACGGGAUUUGCUGAAUCCAAAGAACAAGGGAAACUUACGGGUGCGCGAACAUCCACUGCUGGGUCCCUAUGUGGAGGACUUGUCUAAGUUGGCGGUGACCGACUACCAGGACAUACAUGACCUCAUUGAUGAGGGCAACAAGGCCCGAACCGUGGCUGCUACCAACAUGAACGAGACAAGCUCUCGUUCCCAUGCCGUUUUCACCAUUUUCUUCACUCAGCGUCGUCAUGAUGCUAUGACCGAUUUGAUCACAGAGAAGGUGUCGAAGAUUAGUCUGGUCGAUUUGGCUGGGUCUGAGCGCGCCGAUUCGACAGGUGCCAAAGGCACUCGCUUGAAGGAGGGCGCCAACAUAAAUAAGUCGUUAACCACAUUGGGCAAAGUUAUCUCAGCACUGGCCGAAAUUUCCGCAUCGAAGAAAAAGAACACGAAGAAAGCCGAUUUUAUUCCUUAUCGCGAUUCCGUAUUAACUUGGCUGCUUCGUGAAAAUCUUGGUGGCAAUUCAAAAACUGCUAUGAUAGCUGCUAUUUCACCGGCCGAUAUCAACUAUGACGAAACUCUCAGUACUUUACGUUAUGCCGAUCGUGCUAAGCAAAUCGUUUGCAAGGCUGUGGUCAAUGAGGAUGCGAAUGCUAAGCUCAUACGAGAGCUCAAAGAAGAAAUACAAAAGUUGCGGGAUCUACUCAAGGCCGAGGGCAUUGAGGUUCAGGAAGGACCCGAUGGCAAAGUAGUUUGUGAGAAGCGUGAUGCGAAUAAGGAUGAAAUUACGAAAUCCUCGGUGAUUAAGUCGCCCAACAAGGGACGCAAUCGUAAUGGCUCCACCACGGAAAUGGCUGUGGAUCAACUGCAGGCCAGCGAAAAGCUAAUAGCCGAACUCAAUGAGACCUGGGAGGAGAAACUCAAGCGCACCGAGGAGAUACGCGUCCAGCGGGAGGCUGUAUUCGCUGAAAUGGGUGUGGCCGUCAAAGAGGAUGGCAUUACCGUGGGUGUCUUCUCGCCGAAGAAGACUCCUCACUUGGUCAAUCUCAACGAAGAUCCCAAUUUGUCAGAAUGUCUGCUGUACUACAUCAAGGAUGGUAUUACACGUCUUGGUACCCACGAAGCGAACGUUCCACAGGAUAUACAGCUUUCGGGCUCGCACAUAUUGAAGGAGCACUGCACUUUUGAGAAUCGUAAUAGCUCAGUCACACUGAUGCCACACAAAGAUGCAAUUAUCUAUGUAAAUGGACGUAAAUUAGUUGAACCGGAGGUGCUGAAGACCGGAUCACGUGUAAUUCUGGGCAAAAACCAUGUUUUUCGGUUUACCAACCCGGAGCAAGCGCGCGAGCUGCGUGAAAAGAUCACAGAGAACGCUGAAAAUGAGGUGGAAAAGAAAGAUACUCAACAAGUGGACUGGAACUUUGCGCAGUGUGAGUUGUUGGAGAAACAAGGCAUUGACUUGAAGGCAGAAAUGAAGAAACGCUUGGAUAAUCUGGAGGAGCAAUACAAGCGUGAAAAAAUGCAGGCGGAUCAGCAGUUCGAAGAGCAGCGCAAGACAUAUGAGGCUCGUAUCGAUGCGCUGCAAAAGCAAGUGGAGGAGCAAUCGAUGACAAUGUCUAUGUAUAGCAGCUACUCACCGGAGGACUUCCAUCAGGAGGAAGAUGUAUACACCAACCCAUUGUACGAGUCCUGCUGGACAGCGCGGGAGGCAGGUCUGGCUGCCUGGGCUUUCCGCAAGUGGCGCUUUCAUCAGUUUACCUCGCUGCGGGACGACCUUUGGGGCAAUGCUAUUUUCUUGAAAGAGGCCAAUGCCAUAUCGGUGGAGCUAAAGAAGAAGGUCCAAUUCCAAUUUACACUACUUACCGACACUCUGUAUUCACCGUUGCCACCCGAGUUGGCCUCAAGCGUGGCGCCACUGCAGCAAGAAGACGAGUUUGGCGCACCGCCUGUGUCCAAGACAUUGGUGGCUGUAGAGGUAACCGACACCAAAAAUGGCGCUACUCACUACUGGUCUCUGGAGAAAUUGCGCUAUCGUCUCGAGCUAAUGCGGCAAGUUUAUAAUGUUGAGAGCCCACCAUCAUCCAUGCUAUUCGAUACGUCCAGCAUUGUGGCGACAGGCCAAGGACUGGUCGACAAUGCGCCAUUUGAAUUACAAUUGCAGCAUUUAGUGGCGCAUCCCCAUCCAUAUACGUAUGUGCAACAGCAGGAGCAGCAGCCGGAGUUGAGACAGGCGGCCAGAGCGCAUCCAUCACGUUUAACAUUGGCCAAUCUAAUACCUUCUAGGCAACGUCUCGAACUAAUGCGGGAAAUGUAUCAUAAUGAAGCCGAGCUUAGCCCAACUUCGCCGGACUACAAUGUUGAGAGCCUAACUGGCGGCGAUCCGUUCUAUGAUCGCUUCCCCUGGUUCCGUAUGGUGGGUCGAUCGUUCAUUUAUCUCAGCAACUUGCUCUAUCCGGUACCGCUGGUCCACAAAGUGGCCAUCGUUAACGAACGUGGUGAUGUGCGGGGCUACUUGCGUAUUGCAGUGCAACCAGUGCUGGAUGAAGAAUCCAUUGAUUUCAACAAUGGUGUUAAACAGUCGGCACGCUUGGUGUUCAACGAGGACGAUGCCAAGCCGAAGUAUCGAGCAUUAAACGAAAAGGACGAUGUGCAGCGCUAUAUUGACAAUGGCGGUAUGGACAGCAAGCUGGACGAACUUGAGGAUGCUGACUCGGGACGUGGUAUUGAUUCCAAUUCCGCUUCAGAGUGCCAGGAGAACUCAGAGGAACCAGGAGAGCAUUUGCAAGUGGGCAAGGAGUUUACCUUCCGCGUCACCGUUUUGCAGGCUACGGGGAUUGGCGCAGAGUACGCGGACAUCUUCUGUCAGUUUAACUUCUUGCAUCGACAUGAGGAGGCAUUUUCCACAGAGCCGGUGAAGAACUCAGCCUCGGGCGCUCCCCUUGGUUUUUACCAUGUUCAGAAUAUAACGGUGCCUGUUACAAAGUCCUUUAUCGAGUAUUUGAAGACUCAGCCCAUCAUGUUCAAGAUAUUUGGUCACUACCAGACACAUCCCUUGCAUAAGGAUGCCAAGCAGGAGUUCGUGUCUCGUCCACCACCAAGACGCAUGCUGCCACCAAGCAUACCCAUAAGUCAGCCAGUGCGCAGUCCUAAAUUCGGACCGUUGCCCUGUCCGCCAUCGUCAACGGUCUUGGCGAAGCAUGAUGUGCUGGUGUGGUUCGAGAUUUGUGAGCUAGCGCCAAAUGGAGAGUACGUACCAUCGGUCGUUGAACAUAGCGACGAUCUUCCGUGCCGUGGCCUGUUCUUGUUGCAUCAGGGCAUACAGCGGCGCAUACGCAUUACCAUUGUGCAUGAGCCCACGCCUGAGGUGAAGUGGAAGGAUAUUAAUGAGUUGGUCGUCGGACGUAUUCGCAACACGCCAGAAUCUUCGGAUGAGCAGGACGAGGAUGCCUGUGUACUAUCGCUGGGUCUAUUUCCAGGCGAGCUCUUAGAAGUUCCUGGAGAUGAUCGCGCAUUCUAUCGUUUUGAAGCUGCUUGGGACUCGAGCUUGCAUAACUCUGCACUUUUGAAUCGUGUUUCGCAGGGUGGCGAAACUAUCUACAUCACACUGAGCGCCUAUCUUGAGUUGGAGAACUGCGCUCGCCCCGCCAUUAUUACCAAGGAUUUAAGUAUGGUCAUCUAUGGACGCGAUGCUCGCACCGGUCCACGCUCACUGAAGCAUUUGUUCUCGGGCCAGUAUCGCAAUCCGGAGGCGAACCGCCUUUCGGGAGUUUAUGAGCUGUCGCUGCGUAGAGCAUCUGAAGCAGGUAGUCCAGGUGUGCAACGCCGGCAGCGACGUGUCCUCGAUACCAGUUCCACCUAUGUGCGUGGUGAAGAGAACUUACAUGGCUGGCGACCACGCGGCGAUUCCCUUAUCUUCGACCACCAGUGGGAACUAGAAAAGCUGACCCGUCUCGAGGAGGUGGGACGCAUGCGUCAUUUGCUCUUGCUGCGCGAACGACUGGGCAUGGACACUAAUCCGAAUCCGACAACCAAAACCGAAAAGGAUGUAUGCAAUUUGGCGGCACGCGCUGCCACCUCACCGGUGCACAUGGUCAUACCACCAUCGCCACAGACGCCCGUCAAAGAUCCGCAACAAAUCAUGCCGGAGCGUGAGUAUAACCAGCGUGAACAGGAUCUGAUGCUCAAAUGCUUGAAGCUGGUCCAAGGUCGCUACCACAAGAGCGAGCCCGUCGACCCACAAACCCAGUCAGAUGUAUCGCCCAGCGACGAAGGUUGCGCCGACAUGACCGUCAGUUGCAUAUCCAGCAACUCCAUGGAAAACAACAAAUUUGUAAUUCGACACAGAUUAUGCUCGCCAGAUCGUGCUGAUGCGCCUAAUGGUUGGGAGGCACCUGCGCCGGCCACACAACCAGCCUUGCCAUUGCGCCUGUACGUUCCCGAACUAGAAGAGAUACGCGUUAGUCCCGUUGUGGCACGAAAGGGUCUGCUUAAUGUGCUGGAACAUGGGGGCUCGGGCUGGAAAAAGCGCUGGGUGAUUGUGCGUCGUCCUUAUGUCUUCAUUUAUCGGUCAGAAAAGGAUCCCGUGGAGCGUGCAGUCUUGAAUUUGGCUACGGCACAGGUGGAAUGCAGCGAGGAUCAGGCUGCCAUGGUUAAGAUACCCAACACAUUCAGCGUGGUGACCAAACAUCGCGGCUACUUGCUGCAAACGCUCGGCGACAAGGAGGUGCAUGACUGGCUCUAUGCAAUUAAUCCAUUGCUGGCUGGACAAAUUAAAUCUCGUUUGGCACGUCGCACCCUGGAGCCAGCCUCGCAGACCGCUUCACAGAUACAAGCCACCACAACUGCAAAUUCCGCGAAUGCGAACAAAUGAGAUACAAUUACGAUGGAAUCCGUUUUGGUUUACUGAGACGCAGGCUACAGUUGGCUGCAGCGUAUUGGGAUAGGUAGGCGCUUGAUGAACUACAAUACUUAGACCGAGACUAUCUGAGGACGCGUCGAUUCCAAUGCGAAAUGGCCAACAUUUGAAGUAGGAUUCCAUCGGAAAUGUUGUUAAUUUAAUUGAGAGAAGCGUAAUGGUUUUUUGUAGUUGUUUUUAAGUUGGAACGCAACAGCUAAAAGCGAUAACUAAGUGCAAACAGUACGUAAUUAUUAAGUAGUGCAUAUUAAUGAACAAUAUAAAUGCAAUAAUUAUUUGAAAUAUAAAUUCGGAAGGUGCAGCUUAGCCAGGCUACACAAAAUGCGCCUGCAUUAAGUUGUAGAUAAUGAUUUUUCCUCCAUUUUUUGUAAUGUAUUCAUUUAAUAUACAUAUGCUAUAUGUUUUGUAAAUAGUUUAUGAUUGUAAAAAUAUUGCUAUUACUUAGUUUAAAUUUACAUAUUACAUUUUUUAUAUUUAUGCUUUCAAGUGAUAUUCGGAUAUUAUGUUGACCAAUAGGCAGUUUUAAACCACAACUUGUUUAUUAGGGCUUUUGUUAAAUACCUUUAUAUAAAUAAUCAAAUAAAAACACCGUAUAACACACAAAAAUCGUAUAUUUAUAAAUAUAUAUGCAUUUUAAAAGAGCAAGCAAACCAAAGUUAAUUUAUUUAAACAAUAUAAAUAUGUAUAACAAUUAUUGUAAAAACAUAUAUAUUUGCUGUUUAUACACAAAUUUUGAACUAUUUAUGUAUUGUUUAAUGAAACCCAUUGACGCAAGAUAUAUGGAAACGCAAUUGAAUUAAAUGAUAAUAUAAAAAUGGAACUUCGUACAGUAUAUAGACAUAGUGGACGACAAGUUAAUCAGGCGAAUAAAGAAAGCUCAGCAUACAGCAAACUGCGUAUCGUGUUUAGUUUGUUAAAAGUUUAGAAAUAAAUUCAUACGUGUCUACGUAUACAAUUAAAUAUAAACUAUAAUUUUGAAAAAUGUUGUUAACCACACGAAAGUCGUAAACAAUUAACAUGUAAAUGGCACAUGGGCCAUUAAUAAAGUGACACUUUCUUAUUAAGCAUAAAUCAAGGUAAACCCAAAACUGUAUAUGUUUAUUCAAAACAAUGCUAAUCAAUUAUAAUUGUCUGUCAAAACAAAAGUUCGACUACCAAUCAAAGAAAAAACACGACUUAACUGCUAAUAUGGCUAAUUUAACAACGCUUUGCAAUGUUUGCUUGGCUUCGCUUCAUUUAUAUCCUAUUUGGUUUGUUACUUGAAACCCGAUGAGAACCACCUGCUAAGCUUAAAGCAAAACUAAAAGUAAUUUUAAACGAAUCUUAAAGAAAUGCAAUGCCACCUGUAUAUUUCAAGUAAAACAAUGCGCUUUCAAUGCAAUAUAUGGUGUGUAAGUAUUUAUUUACAUACAAAUAACGAGCAAAUGCUAAAUUAUACUACUACGUACUUUAUACUAUAUUCGAAUGUUUUCGAUUCCAAUUAAUUUGCGCUAAUGAUCAAUUAAUUUAUUUCUACUUAAAACAAAGCACAGAGACCAGAUAUAUAAGCAAGAGAAAAAGGCUCUGCCCAGCUCUAGCUUGAAGCAAGCAGGACACAUAAGGGUUAAAACAAUUUGGACGCUUCUAAAUGCAUAUAAGCGUGCCAUAAUAUUGUUAAAAAGUCUGCUUUCGUUCGUGUUUGACUUUGAGGAACACACAACGUUAAGGGGACAGAUCGGAGAGGGUGCUGAGUUUGGAAUUCGCAUUUUUUAUUUAUAGCAAAAUGUAAACAUUUGUUAAACUAUUGAGAUAAUUUCCAAUUGUAAAAUACUAGAGAAUUGUAAUUAAUACAAAGCGUAAUUUGCAAAAACCAAAAAACAAACAAUAUUUUAUUCUAUCAUGUUUAUACUUGUAUGUUUCCCUUUUUGCGGUGUUUAACUAACCUCCAUAUAGUAUUACAUUUAAAAAUGCACACAAGCGGAAAAUCUAUGGAAAGUAAAAUGCAUGAAUGCAUUGGGACUAUACACAUAUAUAUAUAUAUAUGUAUAUCUACCAUAUAAGCCACUUAAGUUAUACAUACAUAUGAAUACAGUACAUUUGAAUUUACACAUAUAAAUACAAUCUCUCUCUAUAUAGUAUAUGUAUGCAAAUGUCGAAACAGCGUUCAAAAUGCGUGCAAAUUGAAUAAGCGAAAAAAACUGGUUCGUUUCGGUUACAAAAAAUUGGCUGAACCAAUUUAAAAAUCGUGGAUAGGAAAACAAGAACACCAGAAAUGGUUGGAAGAUUUAAUUUAGAGUGACAAACCAAUAAAAAAAGAUGUAUGCUAUAUGUAUAUUUAAUCCAAUAUUGAUAUAUACGUGGGCGUAUCACUAUUAAACAAAUAUAUAUAAAAAUAAAAA